UAUGUAACAGUUAACUAACUUGUGAUUGGAUUGGAUUUAAUAUAUAUUACUAAGGACUGUACAUGAUUAAUGUUUAGCGUAAUUUUCCUUAAAACUGCCAAUCUUCAGUCACAGGUCUCCUUAUUGUGCUCCUCACAGCAUGCAGAAGGUGAUAUAUGCUCAUAAGUGAGAAAACUACGUGAAGGAGAACACAGUGCAGAGAUGGUAAUACAACAGCUGUCAUUAAUCACCAUCUUGGUGGUAAUAUGCAACAUUUUUGGAACUGAGGAAUUCAUGGAAAGCCCAGAAUAUUUUUCCCGGGUAAGAAACAUUAAUACCAGCUAUCCAGCUGUAAAAGUCAGGCACAAAAGAGACGUAGCUCCUGUGACAACCAGUAGCCCUGCAGCACCAAGUACAACAGUUGCUCCUGAAACAACCAGCACCACUGCUGAAACAACCAGCACCACUACAGCACCAAGUACAACAGGUGCUCCUGAAACAACCAGCACCACUACAACCCCAAGUACAACAAUUGCUCCUGAAACAACCAGCACCACUCCUGAAACAACCAGCAUCACUACAACACCAAGUACAACAGUUGCUCCUGUGACAACCAGCACCACUACAACACCAAGUUCAACAGGUGCUCCUGUGACAACCAGCACCACUACAACACCAAGUACAACAGGUGCUCCAGUGACAACCAGAACCACUCCAAAAGCUAAGACAACAGUUGGAGUUUUGCCCUCCACCACAAGUCCAAAUCCUGCAUUUACCCUGAAAAUGUUGUUUAAAAUUCUACGUGACUUUAACCAAGAUUUGGCUAAUUCUUCAAGCUCAAUGUUCAACAUAUUUAAAUCAGACAUGGAAGCAACUCUCACUGCAAAUUACAAAAAAUUAAAUGGUUUUGUUAGAGUCUAUGUCCUUGGCUUCAGGAGUGGCAGUGUGAUUACAGACUUUGUACUGGAGGCAAACAGUGUGAAUUCCACUGCAAUUGCCACACUGAACAGUCAGGUUGCAGUGGAUCUUCAGGCCCAGGGUUACAGUGUUGACCGAAGUUCCUUCGGUGGAGUUGUUCAAGGUAGGAUGAAAAUCACAGGCACUAAAUGGUUUGUCACUGCAGACAGAUAUACCAAGUUUCACUUGAAGUAAUUGGAACUUUGUUGACUAAGGUGAAGACUUAGGGCUCUAUCUAACGCCCUAAGCCUGUCUCUAUCUGACAAUCUAAAGCAAAGCAUAAAGCCAAGAUGCAAGAAACAUUUAUGGGCAUGUCCAAAUCCAUUUUGCUAUUUUGAUGGCAGAAAAAAGACUCUGUGUUAGCACAAGGCGCAGAACAGUUGUCAUAAUUCUCUUAAUUAUUCAGAGGUAUGUUGUGUCCAGAUGGUUGUUGGUUUAGAUCCCAUGUCCAACAGAGUAACCAUAUCAUUGUCGACCCUUUGA